AUGCCAACCUUUUUGCAUCUAUUUUUCCUCUAUUUGUGCACAGUUUUCUACUCUUCAGAUGGAACUCAACUGAUUGUCAUGAACAAUUGCAAGGAGAACAUAUGGCCUGGAAUUCUUGGCACCGCUGGCCACCAAACACUUCGAGAUGGUGGUUUUGAUCUCUACUCCGGGGAACAAGUCGUCCUGGACGUCCCCGAAAGUUGGUCGGGUAGAUUAUGGGGUAGACGGGGAUGCUGUUUCGACAAAGACGGUAGAGGCUCGUGCCAAACAGGCGACUGCGCUGGGAAACUACAUUGCAUGGGCACUAGCGGAGUACCUCCUGCUACCAUUGUAGAGAUGACUCUAGGAACCCCUACAAAUCCAAUGCAUUUCUAUGAUGUGAGUUUAGUUGAUGGUUUUAACCUUCCCGUCUCAAUGAUCCCGAUAGGUGGUGGUGUAGGGUGCGGUGUGGCAGCGUGUGAGGCUGAUUUGAACGUUUGCUGCCCAUCAAAUUUGGUGGUGAAGAAAGAAGGGGAGGUGGUGGGAUGCCGGAGUGCCUGUUUGGCCACCGGGGAAGCUAAAUACUGUUGUACAGGGGAAUUUGCGAACCUGAACACUUGCAAGCCUACAGCUUUCGCGCAUCUGUUUAAGGCCAUUUGUCCCCGGGCUUAUAGUUAUCCAUAUGAUGAAUCGACUGGACUUAAGACAUGUAGAGCACCGCAAUAUGUUGUCACCUUCUGCCCUCCCAAUUAA